CUCAUUGGCCAAGAUUUGAAGUGUAAAGAAGAAGCAACAAAAACAAUCUAUAAGAUUGAAGAAUACAAGAUGCUGUAGGAUAUAUUUCAGAGAAAGGAACUUGCAAAAUCACCUCUGAGUAUUCCUUACCCAGGAAAAGCCUAUCGAAUUUCUAAUAUUUGUAAUUUGUUGAAGCAUAAUAGUGUUCUCUGGCUGGAAAAAUUCAAAUAUCCUUCCCUAUCAAACAACAAAUUACAACAACAAACAGCUUUUGUUAUGUGUUGUUGAAGGCUUUCGUGGCUGGAAUCACUGGUGGGUUGCUGUGAGUUUUCCAGGCUGAAUGGCCAUAUUCCAGAAGCAUUCUCUCCUGAUGUUUCACCCACAUCUAUGGUAGCAUCCUCAGAGAUUGUGAGGUCUAUUGGAAACUAGGCAAGUGAGGUGUAGAUAUCUGUGGAAUGUCCAGGGUGGGAGAAAGAACUUUUGUCUGUUGGAGGCAAGUAUGAAUGUUGCAAUUGGCCAGCUUGAUUAUAGUUGAAUAGACUUGCAGCUUCAAAGCCUGGCUGCUUCCUGCCUAGGGGACUUCUUUGUUGGGAGGUGUUAGCUGGCUCUGAUUGUUUCCUGUCUGGAAUUCCCCUGUUUUAUGAGUGGUGUUCUUUAUUUCCUGUCCUGAUUUUAGCGUUUUUUAAAAAAUACUGGGAGCCAGAUUUGGUUCAUUUUCAUAGUUUCCUCCUUUCUGUUGAAAUUGUCCACAUGCUUGUGGAUUUCAAUGGCUUCUCUGUGUAGUCUGACAUGGUGGUUGUUAGAGUGAUCCAGCAUUUCUGUGUUCUCAAAUAAUAUGCUGUGUCCAGGUUGGUUCAUCAAGUGCUCUGCUAUGGCUGAAUUAGUCUGCAGUGCCUUUCAGUCAGCAGACCAUUAGACUACAUAUAAAAUACAGUUAAAAACAUCACAAUAAAAGCAUUCAUGUUAAAAAUAAUUACUAUCAUACAGUUCAAAAUAUAAAAUACCCUUGACUAGAUAUAUUCGUUAUUACAAAAUACAGAAUCACAGGGUUGUUGUGUUUUCUGGGCUGUAUGGCCAUGUUCCAGAAGCAUUCUCUCCUGAGGUUUCGCCCACACCUAUGGCCAGCAUCUUCAGAGGUUGUGAAGUCAGAUAUACCUCACCUCCGAGGAUGCCUGCCAUAGAUGUGGGCAAAAUGUCAGGAGAGAAUGCUUCUCGAACAUGGUCAUACAGCCCAAAACACACAACAUCUCAGUAUGAGCCACUGUUUGCUGUUGUUGCUAAUGGUAAUCUGACAUCAUUACAGAGAGGAACAUGAUCAACCUCUCUCCUUGGAGUGCCAUUUUGAUAAAAACGGGCCUAAAAAAUUCAUCCUGGGAACGUUUCAUUAUACAUGGGCUCAUGAGGUACCAUGCCAUGUCAUUUAAACGCUGCUGCUCUCUAUAUUUCUUCCAACAUUCACCAUGAUAACAAAAAGCAACAUGGAAGUCAUUUUGAAGAAGGGGAAAUAGAGGAAGGAAUGUUUGAAAUGUUAUUUAUCAAACAGUCUCCUAUCUCUAAUGCUGACACCACAUCAGCUCCCUUUCUUCUCGGCCACCACACUGUUUUCUCUACCUUCAUUUUUAUCACAAAGGAAUAGCGAGAAGUACAUUGUGGGAAGAAUAAGGCAGGGAAUAAUUUUUUAAAGGCAGCUCUGCAUGUCAAGCCAAAUUAUGACCCAAUUUAUAAUCCUUUUGUUUGAUUAAACACCUCCUACUUGUGUUGGAUAUAGGUUUAUAAUGGGGUAAUAGAACUGGAAGGAAAGAGAUACAGAGACAAGAUAUUGCAAAAAUAGACGUGUCAGACUUGGUGCUGAAUGUAAGUUAAGGAAGCUCAUUUUGAAUGAAGCAUGUUCUGCACACAUCUAGCUGGCAAUAGGAAUAGGAAAAAAGUAUUAGUAUAGAUGGCUUCUCUGCAGGCUCCAGCAAACAGCCAUUGCUCCUUUUAACUGUUUCUCAAUUUAAAUUUACAGUCUUUUGAGGUGGUUUCAAUUUUUUAAAUAGCUGAGGAAACCUUAUUAUGACUGAGCCGUGUCUGUCUCAGUGCCAUUUUGAGGCCUAGCUGCUUUCACACAAUUCGCACGUCUGAGUUUGAAAAAUUGGACUGUUGUGAGGACUGUACUGCAUUGGUUUCUGAUACAUGGCUGAAAUGUGGAAGGUUAGAGCCACAUUAGUAACUGGAGAAAGUAUUAGCAACCUUAUUGGUGGGUUCACCUUUAUAAUAGUACACACACGGCCAGGUUUGAAAUAGCCACAUGAAAAUGGCAUCUGAGGGUGUUCUUGAGGCAGUCACUCGACUGACAAAUUGGCUGCCUUUUAUAUUGCAAGAAGAAAAUAAGGCCAGUGGUCUGCAAUGAAAAUAAAAUAUCUCACUGCAAAUGAAGUCAUAAUCUCAGGGGGAACUUUGAGGAGAAAGGUUGAGGGAAAUAUCUUGGCUGAAACGAAUACAUAAUAGGUGGGAAACUCAGCCCUUUGCACCGCAGAGAUGUAUACAUUGUAGAGGUAGGAAAACCGCCUCAUGCUUCUUUAACAGAAGUCCCUUGGCUUGGCCUGAAAAUACAGUUCUUUUUGUGAUGCUUCAUAAAGGCCACACAAGGGAAAGUCUAUUCUGAAAAAUUCACCUUGAAUAAUAAUUGUAGUUAUGUAAUCAUUUUCAGUAGUAUGCUUUAUAUACUAGGCCACAUUUGUCUUAUAUACGUUAGUUAGACUUCUUUCUAAUUUGUUUUUUUUAAUAGGAGCUAACGUUCUUUACUGUACUGUGAUUUUAGGCCCCUUCUACACUGCCAUAUAAUCCGGAUUAUUGAAUCAUAAUCCACAUUAUCUGUUUUGAACUGGAUUAUGUGAGUCUACACUGCCAUAUAAUUUGAUUCAAAGCAGAUAAUCUGGAUUUUACAUGGCAGUGUAGAAGAAGCCUUAAGGAACAUUUAUGAUAGUGACUUACAUUUGUAUGUAAAUUCUGAUUUGUUGAAUUUAUGCUGUCAUUCCUUUAAAUCCUAAAUAUAUUUCAGAAUGCAAAAGGAAAAUUAAUGUUUAGUGGAGGAGGUUGUGUAAUGAUUUCUCCUAUUUGUGCCACAUUUGUGUAGAAUAUUUUCAACAUGACAUUUAGUUCUUCUGGUACACUUAGGAAAUUACGGUUUUGUAUUAAAUUAUUCACUUUCGAUGAAUGUACAACAUGUAGCACACGUAUUUUAUUGCUGAUCCUUACUUAACAUCUCCGAUUCUUCUCCAGUAGACAAAUCGGAUCUAAGAAACCACUCAUGAAAAAUGAGACCAAAUCUUCUGAAACUGAAAGAAACUGCCUUGGUUUAUCUUGACAGGAGUGGUGGUCUUCAAAAAUUUCUGGAUGACUGCAAACUAUACAAUGGUGAUAGUUAUCAAUUUAAUGUUUUUGAAAAAUCAGAACUAUUCUGAUUAAAUAAAUAUUUGAUUAAUGUUAAUGCUUCCAAUUGUCUGGUCUUACAGACUCAAAGCAGAGUUGUGCUGUGUUUCGUUUCCUAAUACUGAUAAAUCCAUCUGAUAUUGUUGAAUUGGAUGCUGUCCUUGGAAACUAUGUUAUGCACGAACCUGUGAAAGCCACACGAAUAUUUAAGUAUGCUUUACAGCUGUUCAAACACUGUCACUAAUACAGCAACUGCAGACUGAGGAUCAGAUAAAUAUAGUGCUGAAAUUAACACAUUUGCCUUCCCUGCCUAGUUACGUUCUCAGCCUUUGCAAAUUUCCAUUUGACUACACUACUCAAAGAUUUUAUAUAUUAGAGGGAAUAGUGGUUGCAAUGACCACUGUGACAAAGUAUACACAAGGAGCAAGAUUUGUUUGUUCUGAUGACGCAUGUCAGCUUUCUGAAGGGUUUCAGUAUAUAAGAGUGCAUACUCCUGGGGCUACAGAAUCUGCAACAUUAAGAAAUGAUUUUGUUUGUAGUUUAUGUACCUCACCACUGAGAGAAGACAUGAAAUAUCGAGUACUUGGAGAUAAACAAGUGGCUGAACUGAUUGACAGUAAAGCAACUACUGCUUUCCAAGGGUUUUCCACCAGUAAAAUACAAAGAUUUCAGUCUUUCACAGUCUUUCUAAGAGAUGAACUAGCCAAUAAAAUGAAAAUAGGGAACAAAUACAAAGUUAUAGGAAUUCCAGUCUGUAUGCAGAACUCUUCACAAGUAGCACUUUGCUUAGAAGCCAACAGAGUAGAUUGUCCUACCAUCACAGGUCCUUGUUGCAUCAGUGAAAAAUUUAAGUAUCUCAUUUCUUUGACUUCAAACUCAUAUUGGAAAUUUACAGCUGUUCUAGCCAAUACUUUUGCUUCUCAAGUUGUUCCAGCAGGCAUUUACAACCAUCUCAAACUGGCUAUACUGCUGAGUCUAGUGCAGACAACUGACAGAGAUGAUGCAACAGGUUAUGUGGAUCUUUUGGUCAUGACAAAUGAUUCUCUAAUAUUAGAAAGACUUAUGAAUUAUAGCAUUUGUCUUGUGCCCCGGGGAAUAAGACACGUUUCAUCUAGUGAUGUUUUCCCUACUAUAUCAAAAGAUAAACAUGGAACUGGAACUGCUAGCAUUCAGGCAAAUAGUGCUUUACUGGCCAAAGGUGGGAUAUGCUUCAUUGGAGAACUAUCUUCUCAUAAGAAGGAUAAACUCGAACAGUUGCAGUCAGUGCUAGAGAACAGAACAACUACCAUAUAUAUUUCUGGAAAAAAGUAUGGUGAAGAAACUGAUCAGCAAGUUACUCUUCCAAUUAAUACCAGUUUUUGGUCAUUUAUUGAUGUGGAUUUUUCUUCAUCCAAAAAGCACAUUCAAAGGGAUACUCUUCUAAUUGGUCAGAUGGACUUGAACUUUAUUUCAGCUAACCUUGUUGAUGCUUUUGGACUUUUGAUACACUGCAAUGAAGCACCAUUUUGCAAUCCAGUUCUUCCUAUUACAAAUUUCAUUUUUAAAAAAGCUCUUCAACCAGAAGCAGAUUACAAUAUGCUGCAACAGUUUACAACACAAGAUUAUGAGGAGUUCCUUGCUUUUUCAAGGAACUUGCAUGUGGAACUCUCUCCAGAAGCAGAAAGUUUGAUUCAUGGCUACUAUUUAGCAAGUCGCAGAGUCAGAGCAUUUCCCAUUAUUGGAUCAAACCUCUCAGCUACAGCACUUAAUAUCUUGAUUUCACUGUCAGAAGCACAUGCUAAACUGAGUUUAAGAACAAAAGUACUUGAAGAAGAUGUUUUGAUUGCUGUGCUAUUAUUCGAAUCAUCUCUUACUUUAAAACAGGGUGCUUCAGUAUUUUAUGUGUCUCCGAACCCCGUUUUUCCAUUUGAAUUCAACAGUGAGGAUUCUCUGAAUCAAAGGGAUGUUUAUCUGAAGCAGUGUCAUCUACAACUGAUGCAGUUCAUUGCUACAUACGGGCCUGCAACACAUGUUUUCAGUAAUGAAGAUUAACAUCCCUCCAUGGAUAACUAUUUUGUUGACUUUUUAAAGAAUAAAUCUGAAAUUGCAAGUAA